AUGGAGCAGUUUUGCUACGAAGCAAAACUUAAUUUUUCAGAAUACUUAAAUCCAUACUUCCAUUACUGUGAGCUUCCCACUGAAAUCAACAAUGUGUCAAUACAGAUCGAGAACAGCACGAAAGUAACGCAGCGCUUUCUAUGGGAGAUCUUGCUGUGCAGUGGCAGCGAGAGGCUGCAGGAGGCCAGCCAGGCCCCUGCAUCUCCUCCUGGGCAGACUCCCAAGGUGGCUGGCAAAGACGGGCUGCAGGGGAGUCUGGCCUUCCUGCAGCAGCAGGGCAACGGGCUGCCGGGCGCCGGGCGCCCCAAAGAGAAGAAGCGGCCGCGGGAGAACAAAGAAGUGCCGCGGGCCAGCCUGCUCAGCUUCCAGGACGAGGAGGAGGAAACUGAAGAGGUUUUUAAAGUGAAGAAAUCAAGUUACAGCAAAAAGAUUGUAAAACAACUGAAGAAAGAAUACAAAGAAGAUCUUGAAAAAUCAAAAGUUAGAACAGAGGUCAAUUCUCCAACAGAUGUCGAACCACCGCUAGAAAAGACAGGACAGCUUAAGGAUAUAGGCCAAGAAGAUGGAACUGCAAACAGUGAGCAUGGUGAAGAAGAAAUGGAAGUUGAAAGUGAGAAGGAAGAAGAAAAACCAAAAGCUGGUGGGGCUUUUUCAAGUGCUCUGUCAUCACUGAAUGUUCUCCGCCCAGGAGAAAUUCCAGAUGCUGCUUUUAUUCAUGCCGCUAGGAAAAAGCGUCAAAUGGCUCGUGAACUUGGAGACUUUACCCCCGUUGACAGUGAACCAGGUAAAGGCCGCCUUGUUCGAGAAGAUGAAAAUGAUGCCAGUGAUGAUGAAGAUGAUGACGAGAAGAGGAGAAUAGUUUUUACAGUGAAGGAAAAAUCCCAAAGGCAAAAGAUUGCUGAGGAAAUAGGUAUUGAGGGAAGUGAUGAUGAAGCACUGGUGGCAGGGGAGCAAGAUGAAGAACUCAGUAGAUGGGAGCAAGAACAGAUACGGAAAGGAAUCAACAUACCUCAGGUUCAACCAAGUCAGCCUGCUGAAGUGAAUAAUCUGUACUACCAGAACACUUACCAGACACUGUCUUAUGGUUCAUCAUAUGGCAUUCCAUACACUUACGCUGCAUAUGGAUCAUCGGAAACCAAGUCUCAAAAAACAGAUAAUACAGUUCCUUUCAAAACUCCCAGUAAUGAGAUGACUCCUGUUACUAUUGAUUUGGUAAAGAAACAGCUUAAAGACAGGUUGGACUCUAUGAAAGAAUUGCACAAAGCUAAUCGGCAGCAAUAUGAGAAACAUCAGCAAAGCCGAGAGGAUUCUACCAAGGCAAUUGAAAGAUUAGAAGGGUCUUCUGGGGGUAUUGGUGAACAGUAUAAGUUUUUGCAAGAAAUGCGAGGGUAUGUCCAAGACUUGCUUGAGUGUUUCAGUGAAAAGGUGCCUCUGAUUAAUGAACUUGAAUCCGCAAUGCACCAGCUGUACAAACAGCGAGCUUCCCGCCUUGUCCAAAGACGACAAGAUGAUAUUAAAGAUGAAUCUUCGGAGUUUUCAAGCCAUUCAAAUAAAGCACUGAUGGCACCAAAUCUUGAAUCUUUUGGACGAGACAGAGUGAUCUAUCAAGAACAAGUAAAGCGUCGGACUGCAGAAAGAGAGGCUAGAAGAGCUCGUCGUAGACAAGCAAGAGAGCAAACUGGGAAGAUGGCAGAUCACCUUGAAGGCCUUUCCAGCGAUGAUGAGGAAACUUCAACGGAUAUUACAAACUUCAACAUGGAGCGAGAUCGUAUAUUGAAAGAAUCCAGCAAAGUUUUCGAAGAUGUUUUGGAAAGCUUUUACUCAAUUGAUUGUAUUAAGUCACAGUUUGAAGCUUGGCGCUCAAAGUACUUUGCUUCUUAUAAGGAUGCUUAUAUUGGCCUCUGUUUACCAAAGCUGUUUAACCCUUUAAUCAGACUUCAGCUGCUUAUCUGGACUCCUUUGGAGGGCAAGUGUCGAGAUUUUGAGACUAUGUUGUGGUUUGAAUCAUUGCUGUUUUAUGGCUGUGAAGAACAGGAGCAAGUGAAAGAUGAUGCUGAUAUUUCACUGUUGCCUACCAUUGUAGAAAGAGUUGUUCUUCCUAAAUUAACAGUGAUUUCUGAAAAUAUAUGGGAUCCUUUUUCUACAACACAAACGUCUAGAAUGGUAGCAAUUGUACAGAAACUAGUAGAUGGAUAUCCUUCAGUGGUGAAUGCAGAAAACAAAAAUACACAAAUGCUUUUAAAGGCAUUGUUGCUAAGAAUGAGGAGAACACUAGAUGAUGAUGUAUUCAUGCCCUUAUAUCCAAAAAACAUCUUAGAAAACAAGAACUCUGGUCCGUAUUUGUUUUUCCAACGUCAGUUUUGGUCCUCUGUUAAGUUAUUAGGAAACUUUCUCCAGUGGUAUGGAAUCCUUUCAAACAAAACUCUCCAGGAACUGUCAAUAGAUGGUCUGCUAAAUAGAUACAUUCUUAUGGCUUUUCAAAACUCUGAGUAUGGAGAGGACAGCAUUAAGAAAGCUCAAAGUGUAAUUGCUUGCUUUCCUAAACAGUGGUUUGCUAAUCUAAAAGGAGACAAGACUAUUUCUCAGCUAGAAAACUUCUGCAGAUACCUUGUUCAUCUGGCUGAUACAAUUUAUAGAAACAGCAUUGGUUGCUCUGAUGUAGAGAAAAGAAAUGCGAGGGAGCACAUAAAGCAGAUCAUAAAGCUCCUGGCAAGUAUCCGAGCACUGGAUCAUGCUGUGACAGUUGCAAAUGAUCACAACGUCAAAGAGUUAAAGAUUUUAAUAGAAGGAAAAUAGACUUUUCUGGCAACUCAUUUUGAGCUUUAAAACCAUUCCUGAUGUGUAAUUUAUGUACAUAUGUAAAGUUUCUUAAACUGUAAAGUAUUGAUCUUUGUUUUAAUACAAAGUGCAUUCUUAUAUACAGCAUCCUUUACAAAAAAAAAAAAAAUUUACUUCUUUGAAAACAAAAAUGGAAUCCCAAGAUUGUCAUCUUUCCAGAAAUCAGAUUUUCCUUAAGGUUUCUCAAAAUCUUGUUUACAAAAAUACUUUGUACCCAUGAUUAGUAGUCAUCUACUCCUGUUAAUUGUUCCAUGGUUAACUGGAAUGUGUAUAAUAUAUUAUGUGUAAUACAAUGUAUGCGUAUAUUUAUACCACCAUGUUGCUUUCACACUGGAUAUAGAGAUCUUGUACUGUUGGAAUAAGCUUUUCAUUUGCUAGAAAAUUCUUAUUUUGACAAUAAAAUGAUCAUAUUAUUGGUCAAAAGGGCUGGCAAAACAUUCAAAUAUCUGAAAAUCAUUUGAGCUAAAGAGUAGAGACACUUUCAAAUGGAGCCUGACCUUUAAAAAGCAGCUGUGCUGCACUCAAAUUGGAAUAACUAAAAAAUUAUCUGCAUUCAGAAUAUAGAACUCUUAAGACUGUUCUUAGAAACAAAACAGAAAGGAAAACCCAAAUCAAUGCUUAAUUAUUUUUUUCUUAAUACAGGCAUACAAUGAGAACUUGUGAUUAUUGCACAAGUAUACAUGACAGCACUUCGUAAGGCCCAAGCACCUUUCAUUUUGUAGGAAUAAUAGUUUACCCAUGAACUCUGGACCCUCAUUCCUUGUGCAAGUUGGUUAAAUUCACUGUU